AUGGUUGAAAUCGUGGAAGAACCUGAAGAUUCAUCGCAAGGAGCAUCGUCCAGCUCACAAUCGCAUCAACAUGAGAAUCAAAGAGCGACAUAUACUUCAGUUUCUGUGAGUUUUUGAAAAAAUUUAACUGGAAAAAAUUUACAAAAACAACAUUAGCCAAAAGGUGCUUCUAAAAAAAAUUUUUGUAAUAAAUAUACUUUUUUUACCAAAUGGUUUCUAAAUUUCAAAUUGAAGGCCACGUUUUUAAUAUGUUUAUGAAGUAAAUUUUCGAUAAUUUAGCAUUUCUAAAAAUAUUUAUCAAAAACUUUUUAUUGAUUAUUCAAUAUUUCAGCAAUAUGUUUCUGCCAACACGAUGGAUUGCGUUUUAUUCGGAGCUAGGUUUUUGACUGUAUUUUUCUGUCUCAAUUAUAUGUUUCCAUUUCUUGGAAUAGUACACUGGUAUUCAGCAUAUUACAAGGUUUUCGCAGCUUGUAAGUUUUCUCAAUUAUUCUCUAAAAAUAUUUUCUGAAAUAAUGGUUUUUGCAGCUGCUGCUACUUUUGCAUUGCGACUUCAUACACGCGUUCAAGGAAGAAUAUCAGUUUCACGCGAGUUCUUGAUGCAAUUGACUCUUGAAGAUGCCUUCCAUUAUUUGAUUUAUUCCGUUGUAUUUCUGAUGGCGUCUCCAGUUACAAUGGCAACAUUACCUGUCACUCUUUAUGCCUUAUUACAAGCCUCUUCAUUCUUGGUAAAAGCUCUCCGUGAAACUGGUCGCAAUUAUCCAUUCGUAUCGAAAUUGGAACAAAUCAAUCAACAACAAACACAAAAUUCGUUGGGAAUUAUUGCAUGCUCUGAAAUCUUCCUCGUCCCACUUUUGGUUUCUUUGGUUUUCAGUGGACAAGGAUCAAUGAUGCUUCCAUUUGUCUAUUAUCGGUUUUUGACUUUGAGAUAUGCUUCGAGAAGAAAUCCAAGCACAAGGUAAGUUUUUUUUUAAGUUGAUAGAGGAUUUCAAAUUUCUGAGCUUCGAUUUUUUUUUCCAAAAUAUCUAUUUUCAGACAAGCAUUCUUCCAAAUGCGCAUAUCUUUGGAAAAUGUCGCCCAAUCAUCAAUGUGCCCACAAGUAGUUCGAAUGCUCAUUCACAAAUCAAUAGCUUUCUUAUCGAGUCGUGCACCACCCGUUAUGUAA